AUAGACCUUUUGCUUUGGAGGAGAGAGAGAGGGGGGUUGAAUAAAGUCAGCCAAACGAAGCCUAGCAUUCGCCCUUCUAUUCAACCAACCACCACCCCCUUCUCUUCUUUCUCUGUCUACGCCAUUACCACCACCACCAGCUUCCCAUCCAAACGGGAAAAAAGGUGGUAGAUCUCCCUCCCUCCCCCUCUCUCUCCCUCCACACACUCUCUCUCCUCCUCCUCAUACACCACCGCUCCCCCUUUCCAACCCACCCACUACCUCCCAGAUUUCAAAACCCCACUUGAUUUUCCUCGGGUUCCACGUUUCUCCAACCACCUUACCUUCUCUGCCUUUCAGGGCUUCAGCUGAAUCGCUGGGCAGCUGUUUGGAACAUCGGCAUUGACAUGGUAAGCAUACGAAGGCGCAGACUCUUGGGACUUUGCUCUGGGCGAAGUUCUUUCUUGUAUCCACUUCUUAGGUUUUGCGAGAAUGGAAAUGCUUCUGGACAUCCUAUCCCGAGCACAAAAAAUGUCAGUGUUCAUCCUAUGCCUUCAGUGGAUGCUGAGAAGCCAAAGGAGAAAACCAUUCCAAAAGCAAGUCCUGGGUCGUCAAAUUUAUCUGGUUCUAGUACCUCAAAAGAUCAGCAUACACACCAAUAUCCAGUGCCGGAAGUCAAACGCAGAAAGCGUCACAGGAGAAAGCAUUUUGAAAACCAAGAACCAUGUGUCAUGAGAGGUGUCUACUUAAAGAAUAUGAAAUGGCAAGCUGCAAUUAAAGUUGACAAGAAACAAAUUCAUUUGGGGACUGUGGGCUCUCAAGAAGAAGCUGCUCGCUUGUAUGACAGGGCUGCUUUUAUGUGUGGGAGGGAACCCAAUUUCGAACUCUCGGAGGAAGAGAAGCAAGAACUUCGGAAGUUCAAGUGGGAUGAAUUCUUAGCAAUGACUCGUUCUUCCAUUACCAAUAAAAAACUCCGAAGAAGAAGAAGCGGGGCAGGCCCACCAAGAAAGUCGGAGCCUCCAAUGCAGGAUAGUGACUGGGAAGGUGAGGAAGGAGUCAAUGGCUUCUCUGCUUCCGAAGAUAUAGAACCGGGCGCUUCAGUUUCUUGAGAUUUUCAAUCCAUGAACAAGGUUGAAAACCAAAAUGAUUGUAAUUCGGCCUAUAGACUUUCUCGUUCUAGUAUUUUUUUUCAAAAUAAGAUUAAUUGUAUAAAAGGUCCAUAUUAGGGCAGCUUAUGAAGUACGUACCACGUCAGAUUUAUGUCUUUGAUUCAAUGAGAGCUCAAAUUGCAGUUCUUGUCAUCAAAAACAUCUUCACUUUCUCUGUAUUACUAGGAACGAUUUCUCAAACUAGUCACAGCUGUCGAUUAUUUUUUCGGCUUAUCGUUCCCAUUCA